CACCCGAUCAUUCGGUCCUUGCGCAGUGCCAUCAACUUGCGUCUCAGAGCGCAGCAUAUUCAUGGCUGCUCUUGCCUCCUUCCACUGCUAGCAUGCUCGCCGUCGUACAUCGAAUCCCUAUUUCAUUCCGUCUUCAACAUUGUGUCUCAGGUGGACCCGCGGAAACUCGAGCAUCUGAGACAUGACCGAUGGUCAGAACCCAGAGACAUCCGCGGGCACGCCCGCACAUCCCUUGCUCACCACCACGAUCAUUUCUGCGCCAUGUCAGCCUCUUUUGAUGCGCAAGCUUUCGUGCGAUACUCGUUGGGGGGCCGGGACCUGUCGACAAACCUGUGUCUCAUACUACAAGGCGUGCUGCUGGGGCAGUUCGCCCGGUACAUCUCGAAUGGAUUCCACCGCUCCGAUCCGACCAUAAUGCGGGUGUGGCUGGUGGGGCUGCUGUUUCUCACGCUGGGGAAGAACCUGUCCGACUGGUAUGUCACGCACCGUCAGAACACGACACGGUUCCUCGAUGCAUCCGGCGUGCUCAUGGACUAUAUCUCCCUCAAAGGACAGGCGAGCUACUUGGUGAAUGUCGUUCUUGUGUUUUACGUCCAGAUCUUCUUCUGUUGGCGGCUUUGGACACUUUGCAGAAGAAUCUGGCUGCCAUCGCUGAUUGCUCUGUCAUUCGUCGGGGCUGCUAUCGCAGGAAUCCUCUCUGUUCCCGCGACACAUGCGAAAUAUGUGCUCAGAUGGUCCGCCGCAUGCUAUAUCAUCUAUUUCGCGGGUGAUCUGAUCCUCUGCGCAUCAAUGAUGUACCACCUCCUCAUAAGCGUCGGUCCGCGAGCCUUGUUUCGGAGCUCACGCUCACGCACUAUCAGACUGAUGCCCGGUCAAGCCAACUCUUCCGCGACACAGCAAACGUUCUUGCCCGGAUCGCCCGGAUCACAAUCCAAUCCGCGCUCCCGGCGGUCAUCUGCGCGCUGGUCGAUCUCAUCGCGUCGCAGAUAAAUCAGAAUUACUACGCUCUGGACGUCGCGACGACGCUGACGAUUAUCACGACCCACGUGCUCCCGAUGUGUUACGCACUGUCGUCGCUUUGGACGUUGAAUUCGAGGAUGGGCUGGAGACGGGCGGGGGAAACAAGGGACGCAGCGAGUUCCAGAGGAUGUUCAGUCGAGGCGCCGUAGUUGAUGACGGGCGGCUCGCUCGCUCGCUCGAGUCUACGUCGAUUGUACGUCGUGAGGUACUGCGUGGGAAGAAGCAAAGGGUUGGUUAAUGAUUGGCGUGCGCGAUGCUCGUUUUAUGACAUAAUGCUGAGAUUCCUUGCGUGAGUUACUGUCUCAAGCUGAGCAAGGGGAAAAGCACAAUGGCCUCGACCGCGAAUUGAACGCGGAACCACUUCCACCCUCAGACUCAGAUGCUCUAAGGAAGUAUCAUUCGACUAGGCCAUUGAAGCAGCGGAGCCGUGUUUCUUCCGAAUCACCCUGCUGUCUCAAAGAUGCAUAUUUCCUUCUUAAUGUGCGAAGAUCUCGCCGGUGGCAGAGCACUGACUCUGCAUCCGGUCCGGUGAGCAGCCAGCAAAUGGUUUCAUUGACGUCUUGAAACACGAAUACCCAUAUGACUCUCCAAACUUCCUAGCUUUCAAAGAACUUGCAAGACGAUCAGUUUGAGACUCAGAGUCCCGUGUCUUACCGGACAGGUUUCAUAACUUUCCAUACGCAGGGCCGUUCGGCAUCACCCCGGACCACUGAUGGAUUUUCCUUCCAUGCUGGCAAAAGUUCAAGACCGGGAGCACUAUGGAGGAUCAAGUCCAAAGGCUCACAAGAAUCGGAUCGAAUUCGGCCAAUUAUAAACUCGACACGAUUCCGCCAUCGUUUUUUGCAUCUCUCCACUUGAGCUCACGCAUUAUACGAUAGCUCACAGAGCAUUGGUUUCUUUUCGCCACCUGUCUUGCCUGGCCGCCCC